UUACCACGCAUACACAAUAAAAACGGCCAUUUCAGAUAAAAACUGACCGGUGAAUAUUCUGUUUUACCGGAAACGGUGACGCGGACAUCAACUACCAGCCAAAUGAAUUAGUCUCCAGGCUACCAUGCUUGGGUGGACAGCCUGGCCUGGCUACAAAUUCAUCAAACAAAUUAUGUUUACGCCAUAAUUCAGUUUUGGCCUUGUCCGACUGGAAAGCUGUGUACGCGUUAUUUUACCUUUGGCUCCAUAUUCACGUUCACUAUGGCACGAAAACGAGCAUUAUCAACCAAGCUUGAGGCAAGCACACCGAGUAAGAGACAGAAAUCUGCCAGUAAAUCAAAGGGAACUGCAAAACAAGGAGAGAGUUCAACAGCAAAAACAAACGUCCAUUCAGUUCCAAAACGAGACAAACAUGGCAAAUUGUCAUUCCCUGAUUUUCCGGACUUUAAGCCAAAUUUGACUCCCAAAGAAGUUCUUCAGGCUGGAAGCUUUGGAGGAACAUACUUUCGACCCAUCCAUUCCAGUGUCACAGGUCAGAAAUAUUCCUCUGAUGUUUACAAAGAAUUUCCUUUAUUAUUAUUAUUAUUAUUAUUAUUAUUAACACAGGUUGCAUCAUCUGUGUAUUUAUUAUUAUUAUUAUUAUUAUUAUUAUUAUGUGGAGGCAGUUUAGAAAUGUGCUUAGUGGACUUAGAGGUGGACCGAUUAUUAUUAUUAUUAUUAUUAUUAUUAUUAUGGCGAAAUAACCUAAUUUCCAAGUUAUUAUUAUUAUUAUUAUUAUUAUUAUUAUUUGCUGUGUCACCUGUUGUUCGACAAACUCUUCAACACUGGGCCUAUAAACUGAACAAGAAAGACUUUGAUAAACAUUUAUUAUUAUUAUUAUUAUUAUUAUUAUUAAAUACUUAUUUCUAA